AUGGCAGAGCCACCAGCAAAGCGUGCUCGUCGAGUCGACAGCGCAGCCAUGUGGGAUUCCAAUGAUAUACGACCCCGGGCAGCAGACCAAGAGUCAGAUCGCGAGCGCAGACGUUCACCCGCCCCCCGAGACGGCCGACGCGACGGUCGGUAUCGCUCACGCUCACGAGAACGCAAUGAUAAAAGGCGAGAACGGAGCUGGUCUCGAGAUCGCCGCGACCGACGGGACGGAGAUAAAGAUCGAAAGAGGAGCACCAGCAGAGAGCGCAACUAUGACCGACGAGGGGCACCAAAAACCGUCAAAUUCCGCGAACGCUCGCGCUCACGAUCCCCGGGUCGCAGUGGUACGAGAGCCCGGUCACCACCGCGGGGUCCUAAGGGUGACCGCCGAGAUCCCCGAUCGCGAGACGAUGGGCGGAAGGCGAAUGGCGCACAGGCAGUGGACCAGCACGCGGACAAAAUGGAUGUGGACUUCAACUCAGAUGCGGACGAGGAUGAGAUCGAAGCACAGAUGCGCAAGGCGAUGGGCUUCACCAGAUUCCGAACCACCAAGAACACCAAAAUCCCUGGAAAUGACAUCUAUGGUGUGCGCAAGGAGAAGAAGAUUGAGUAUCGACAGUACAUGAACCGCCAGGGCGGUUUCAAUAGGCCUCUCAGUCCCUCACGAUGA